AAAAUGAACUGUGUAUUGACUUUAGCUUUUAUUUUCGUCACGAUUUUAUGCUUCAGUGAUGGACAAUUCGAACACAGUCAAGAUUUCGGUCAAAUGGAAGAUCUCGGAAGAAUGGAAGAGUUUGGACCUAUACAAGACCGUGGUCCUAUGCAAGAUCGUGGACCAAUGCAGGACCUUGAAAAAGAUUUCAAGCAAAUGCAAGAUAUCGGUUUAGAACGACAACGAUUGACUAACAAUGUGGAACAAAAAGAAGCUAAGAAACUUGAAAAACCAGAUUUACAGGAUGCUGACAAAUCAAGCAGAAUAGGCGGGAUAUAUUCAGCUGCCGGAGGGAUAUCACGCAUGCAGAGGAGGAGACGACUAUGGCCUUGUAUAAGGAGAGAUAUGACAUUGUGUUGAGAAACUGCGUUCUUGUGUAUUCAAAAAUCUUUGCAGAAUUUCAGUUUCCUAUAAAGUGACAUUUUUUUUAAUCAAGUGUUGUUUGAAUCUUGUAAAAAAUUGAAAUGAAUGGAUAAAAGUCCAAUAUGCCUUUAAAAUUGUGCAUUUAAGACCAGAGACUUCAGAAUAUACAUGUACCUUCUUUUGUAUUUGUGUGAGGAUGGGUGACGUUUUUGAUGGGUUUUGUGUGAGAGCGAGGAUUUGUCUGUGUAUCUUUGUAUAUAUUUGCUGAAAAGCAAUUAAGAAAAUGGAUUUAUUUUAUUUUGAAGUCAUUGUCUUUGUUCAGAUGGAAUUUUUAGACAAUGCCUAGGCUCAUCACACAUAAAAAAAUUCAAUUAGCAUGAAUGUGUCUUUAAGCAGCUACAUCUUCACUGAAUUCCACUCGCAACAAUUUUGGCAUGCAUUUAUAUUGCUAAACAAAGCUCACAAUUUUAUUCCUGAUAC